AUGGUGGAAGAAAAGAAGAAGAAAGAUAAAGCUAAAGCCAAUUUGAAACUAAUAAAUACCACUAGUGGUAUAAGAGUAAGUCAAGCGUGUGAUCGAUGUAGAAUUAAAAAGAUUAAAUGUGAUGGUCUAACUCCAUGUCAUAAUUGUUCCAAGAUUGGGUUUGAUUGUAAAACCAGUGAUAAGUUAACUAGAAGAGCAUUUCCCAAAGGUUAUACUGAAAACUUGGAAAACAGAGUGAAGAUUCUAGAAGAAGAGAAUAAGAGAUUGAAAAUGAAAGCCGGGGAACCAAUCGAAGAUGAUGAACCAUCAAAAGAACCCACGACUGAAAUUCAAAUAUCUUCACCUCAGAGUAAGAAUCACACUACCUUGAUAAAUAAUCCUAUAGAUCAAAUCUUCAAUUUGAAUAAGAAAGGUGUAAUCAUUGGUAAUGAUAAUUUGAACUUUGAGUCCCAAUUUAAUCAUUUAUUGAUCAAUUUGAAUUUACCAUUUUUGAAAAUUUCCAACAGUCAUAAUUAUUUACUUAAUGAUCCCAAUGAAUAUUUAUAUCAUCCAUCUUCCACAUUAUAUAAUCAGUUACAUAACAAGGAUUUGGAUAUCAUUUAUAAUCCUUUAACGUCCAACAAUAUUCGUCACGAUGAUUACUUGAAUGAAUUCUCCAACUUAACUAAUCAUAAUUUACCUAUGGAUAUUUAUGAUUUAUUCAUCAAAUUGAUCAAUAAUUUCAAGAAACUUUUCAAUAAUAAGAAAGAAUUGGAUAAUCAGAUUGUCAAUUUCUUCUUAAAUUAUAACAUUCUCAUACCGAUAUUUGAUUAUAAGAAGUUUAUGGAAAGUUAUGAUGCAUUCCAUACAAUGUAUCCUUUCAUGUUCACCUAUGAUGAUGCUACGAUUAAUGGGUUUAAUAUCUCAAAUAAUGAUUAUAACAUUGUCAAUGAAUAUUUGAUUGUUGUCAUCCAGAUUUAUGCCAUCAUUAUGAUCAAUGAUCCUAUAUCGAAUUUGAAUUUACUUUUAAAUCAUUUAAACCCCAAAUACCAGAAUUCUUUCGAUAGAACUGAUAAACAUAAGAAGAUCUUAACUUCAUUAUAUGAUUUCUUACCAUAUUUCAAUUCAUUCCAUGUAUCAAUUCAUCAACUUCAAACUUAUUUAUUAUUCUUAUAUUUCUCCUUAUUGACUAACAACAAGGAGAAAUCAUUGAUUUUAUUAUCAUUGAUUAACUCCCACAUUGGUAUUCUAGGUAUAAAUUUGAAUUCCAAAAACUUAUUCUUCAAUGAUUUAUCAUUAAGUAUUCAACAAAAGAGAGAUAGAGUUAAGAUAUUUUGGGUCUUCAAGGUAUUAUUAAAAUGUUUCAAUUUAAAAUUUGGAUUCAAACCAAGUAUUAAUACUACAGUUAUUAACCCUGUUACCAUUGAAAGAUACUUCCAAUUGACUCCAGAAAAGUUAAGUUCAUUACUUCAAACCAAUGAUAAACAAGAUGAUGAUGAAAAUGUUGAUGAAUUAUUCAAGACUCUUCUAGUGCCUAGUAUUGAGUUUUUGAAUUUGAUCAAUAUCAUUAUUCCAUCCUCAUUUUCUCCCAAUUAUUAUCAAUAUCUUAAAAAUUCCAAUCAAAAUCAUCAACAACAUCCAAAAAGACAACCCAAAAACCUCGAUUGGAUUCUUAAUGAUGGUGAUGGGGAUGGUAAUGAUGGGAAUCUUAAUUAUAAUUUCACUCAAUUCGUUACUAUUGAUAGUAACUUAUCUAAUUGGAGACAAUCUUUGAAACUGAAAAAAUUGAAUUUAUUACCUUUGGAAGUUAAAAUGGGGUUAAUGAAAUUAACUAAUUCAAAUGAAGAUGAUAAUUUGUAUCAUAGUAUUGAACUUAAAUCCAUAAAAGAUUUGAAGAAUUUCGAUAUCAAUAUGGAUAAUUUGAAUCAUUACCUCAAUGCUGGAUUACCAGAUGUUGAUACUUCAUUAAAAUUAAUUAAAAUUCAAUUAAAUUUCCAUUAUUUGUUGAUCAGAUCAGUUAAUUACUUGAAUUUUAUUGUUGAUAAAGAUUUAAAUAACAAUUAUUUCGAAAAAUUGAUUCUUAUUUGUCAAGAAUUCUUACAAUAUUUCAUCAUAAUUUUCAAUCAUGUUGGUAAAUCAACAGAGAUCGAUUUGAAUAAUGAAAAUCAAAAUAUGAAAAAUUUCAUUCAUCAUAAUCCUCAUAGUACAGGUACUAAUCCAGUAAUUUUGGAUAGUUUAGGAUUAGAUGUUGAUGAUGAAGGAUUCGUUAUCAACGAUUUUUCUGCUAAAAGAAGACGUUUAUCUAAUCAUAUGGUUAAUAAUAUCGAAUCCAAAGUGAAGAAGAUCCCUAAUUCUCCUUUUAAUUAUAUGUUGAACAGUUUAUCCAUCACUAAUAUUAAUUUGAAGAAAACGAUAAUUUUACAAAUGUUAUAUUCAUUGAUCUAUUUACUCAAAUGUUUCAAAAAGAAUAGAUUUAUUGAUCCUACUAUUGUUGAAACCAUUAAUCUAAGCAUUGAAUUAUUCAUAAAAAUAUUCAUCAAUUACGAAGUCAAUACUAAAGCUAAACCUAAUAGUAACUUCAAAAAUAAGACAAAGGAAGAUGAAUUAUUCAAAAAAUUAAUCAAUGACGAAUUAAGAGAUCAAAUUUUGAAAGAACCAAGAGAUGAUGAUGAUGAAUUGUCUUAUAAUUAUAAUUUCCAAGAUUUGAAUUUUAAUAAUUUCAACAACAUCAAUGAAAUUGAUUGGGAUGAUGAAGAAAUGGAUGAAGAUUUGAAAUAUCUUAAAAUCUUGAAAUUUAUUAAAUAUAAAGUGAAUCAAAUCAAAGAAGUUAGUAAGAAAAAACAAAGAGAUAAACCACAAGAAUCCAAUACAAUUGUAGAUACACCUAAAAGUGAAGAAAGAAGAAGAUCAGUUAAUUUACCUCCACCACCAUCGAUAUCGAACUUUUUCAGUAGUUCACCUCCAAAAUUUGCACCUUCAUUACUGAAAAUGCCAUCCAUCACCAAAUUAGAUUAUCUUAUCCCUGAAGAUAAUUUUCCCACUCACACAUUAACUGGAAGUAUGAAUUAUGUAACUUCUAAUGAUAGGGAGAAAGAAGAUUUAUUGAAAAGAGAAAAGUUGGCUGUGAACGACCUUAUGAGUUUAAAAAGGGGCCAUAGUAAUUCAAAUACCCCUAAUUUUAGUCUGUAA